AUGGUCAAGUUCGAUAGAUUAAAGGUUUACAAUUUUGUGACAAGCUUUCGAUUCAAGUUUACUGUCUAUUUUUUACUUGUAGCGUCUUUGAUUAUCGGUUCUGUCGUUUAUACUACAAGUUUCAAUGGAGCUACUUGUGCUUAUGUUAAAAUUGAAGAAGGUGCUGCUAGUCUUGCUGAAGUUGCUGUUAGAUUGAAUGUCUUAGAAGUUAAUGAAAAUUAUGAUGCUACUACUUUAAAAUUUCCAGUAUUAAUUUUCAAACAUUCCGAUCGUGAAAACUUUACAAAUAUUCCAACUUUAGAUGAUUUCAGAAAGUAUUAUGAGUCUGAUGAUAUCGAGUUUGGAGAUGAUUUGAUUGAUUCAGAUCAUAAAUUUAGAUUGGAUGUUGCUGAAGGUAAGACAUUAAAUGAAGAUGAAUUAUACAACGACUACCUCAUGCUCUAUAACUCAACCUUGAAAGGAAAACCACAUAUGCGUGCUAGUUUCAAAGUCAAGAGAUCAGGAUUAUAUUGUGCUUAUAUAGCCACUCCUGCCAUUGAUGGUCCUAAGAGAGCUCUCUUGUUAGGAAUUGCCUUCAAAAAUUCAUUUGGUGAUCUCAGUUAUUAUGCUCAUUUACUUUCUUCUCAAAUGAAAUAUUUUUUUGGUAUUGGUAUUGUUAUUGCAGUCUACUUUCAAUUCUACACUCUAAGAUUCAGAAAUGAAAGAGACAGCUACUUCAGUUCUAAAUCUAUUUCACUGGUUUCUUUAAGUAUUAUAAGACUAUUUACUUUGAAGGCGUUUUUGGAUAUAUUUCAAUUAAUCGGUCUCAAUACAUCAAAUCAUGAGAUUCUUUCCAUUUCUUUGUUAAGUAUUUUCGUCAUGUAUAACACGAUAUUGGAAAUUUAUAUCUAUUCGGGCGUACUUGAUGUUGCUUUAGGUUAUGGUACUAUUGUUGCAAUAAAUAAUAAGAGUCAUUUCAACGAACCUAUAGUAAUGAAGUAUACAGCAUUGACACUGAUUACUAUAUUUGUAACGUUGCUGGGGAUGGUUAAUUAUGGUGGUCCAAAUCUUUUUAGUAAUUCAUAUUCAGCUAGAUUUUUCUCAAACAAGACGAUGGAUUUAUUAUUUAUUUCAGCUCAAUUGUUACCAAUUGUGUGGAAGGUUCUCAUUCUUGCAAGUUUUAGACGUACAAAGAAAGCUAUGUUAAACAAUAAUGAUAUUCAAUAUUUGAAACCACUCAAACAUUCAUUAGCUUUCUUGAUUGUCUCUCCUAUUAUCUUCACUGCUCUUACAAGCUUUGUGUUCAAUACUAGUUUUAUUCAAGUAUUGUUAUUCAAUCCUUUAUAUGAUAUCCCUGCCACUAUCAUGAGACUCAGAGUGGUAUACUUUGAUCUCGUAAAUACAAGUGUAUCAGAAGUAAUAAGAUUUGAUCCAAAUCUUAACUUGGCCAGUAUGUGGAGUCAAUAUUUAACUUUCUAUGCUAAUGCUAUUUUCUUAUUCGUUAUGUGGGUCAAGAAUAACAAGGGGUUAUUGUAUGUGGUUGAAGAUGUUGAAGCAAAAUAUGAACCAUUAGACGGUGAUGUAAAGGAAGAGGAAGAGAAUGAAGAGUGA